CUAUGCAUAUAUCUGUGGCCUCGUAUAACCUAAGCGGAUGAUGCAAGGAUUAUAUUUUUAUUUUUUUACUCUUGUUGUCGUGUCGAGAAUUCCUAUAAAGUUUUAAUCUAAUAUCGUCGUUCAAUAACGCAGUCAUACGCACACUUCUUUGGGCUGAAUAUAAAAUGUUAACUUUUACUGCACUCGUAAAACGUAGAAUGCAAUAUUUUUCAUGAUCUGAAUAGUAAUAGAUUUGUACUCAAGCAAAAUGAUCGUGUUUCUUACUGUUUUAUUUUAUACAAUGUGCGGUGAAGCUAGAAGUGAUUCAGACUCCACCUAUUACAUCAUAUCAAAUGAAACGCAAGAUGACAUAAAUCUAGAAAAUGCAACACAUAUAAAUGAACUUAUACCAAACAUAGCUCAAAGCAACGAUACUAUACUCUUUGACACGUUUGUAAACGUUUUAAUAGAAGUAUCAACUGAACAACUGAGAUACGUUAAGUUUAAUAUUAUGAAUAAUUAUGAUUUGAGUCCAUCUGAUGUAGCAGAUAUCAAAAAAGCUUUCAUUAACAUCGAGGAAAGGUAUACGGAGAUGGUCAACAAUAAAUUGAAGACGUUGCUAGGAGCAAAACCUAUCAAUGUCACAGAUCAUUUCAUGCUUGAUUUUAUGGAUGUCUCUAAUUAUAUUCUAGAAAAAGUAUUAAGGCACCACGUGAAAAAUGUGAAGGGAAAAAUGCUGGAGCAUACGAAAUGGUACAGGCAGACGUUGAAAGAGAAGAUAUUAAGGCAACAGAUGAAGAUUUCUUUUAAUUACAUAGAAAACAAUAUAUGCGAUACUCUACAGAUUUGUAGAGACAGAUUUUAUUAUAGUGACUAUCUUACAGAUUGGUUAAGAACCAUAAUGAAUUUAUCGUCACGGGACUUGAAGCGCUUCUUCGUCCCGGUAACAGAGAUUUUAGAAACGCACAAAUAUUUUAUAAAGACCAACGUAAAAUUUCGACAAACUGUUAAAUAUAUAAUCAACGCCGAAGCCAUCGUUAAAAGGGAUACCUUGGACUUCGUGGAUGAAAUUUUGGUGAAUCCUGACAAAAUUUUAAAAUUAGCUCCGGACACUUUGAAACCGAGUAUUAUACUUUUGCGAAAACUAUUUAACCUUAUCGAUGGAGUUUACGAUGUCAAUGACCAAAAUAUAGAAAAUCUAGAAAACGUAACCGAGAUGCUAAGAGAUUGGAUCGAAGGCAAAACUUUUGAUAUUCAUAAAGUGUUGAACACAAUUGUAGAAAACAUGAAAAUCAACGUAAAAAUAUGGCCGCUGGACAUUCAGAAUAAAAUAUACUACGUAUGGUCUGAGAUUAUAGCGUUGUAAAUAAAUAUUUAAUGUAGGUUUUUUAUGUGACAUGUGCAAUUUGUUUUAUUUUUAAAUUCAAUGUUGUAUGUACUUUCAAUUACUUUCCUGAGCAAGUUUCAAAGUAUAUGUAGUAUCCAGUAUUUUCUGCUAGCUAAUCGUAAGUACUUACGGCUGAAGAUAGAAAGGCUUUACCGUCUUGGUAUAACAAGGCACUUAGGCUUUUACUGUCGUAAGCU